GCGCGAGUAAGACACUCCUCGUUACAGAGUCGUCCAGUUCACCCUCACAGCCACCAUGACCUUCAACGCCACCUGGAAAGUUGAUCGCAGUGAAAACUAUGAGAAAUUCAUGGAACAAAUGGGAAUCAACAUGGUGAAGCGGAAGCUGGCCGCUCACGACAACCUCAAGAUAACCAUCGAACAGACUGGAGACAAGUUUCAUGUGAAGGAGAGCAGCAACUUCCGCACCCUGGAAAUAGACUUCACCCUGGGGGUCACCUUUGAAUACAGCCUUGCAGAUGGGACAGAGCUAUCAGGUUCAUGGAACAUGGAGGGAGACGUGUUGAAGGGGACUUUCACCAGGAAGGACAACGGAAAGCAGCUGACAACGACCAGAAUCGUCCAAGGAGAUGAACUUAUACAGAGCUACAGCUACGAAGGUGUGGAUGCAAAAAGGAUUUUCAAGAGGUCUUAGACCAGACUGAUCACCAGAGCUUUAAAGUGAUGUUUGACCUCAGGAUUACAAACAGUAUUGUGUCAAAUUAUCAGAUUCUUACACCAGUAUAACCUUUGAAAUGGGCCCGACUUGUACCGCCUGUACAGACUAUGAACAGUUUUGAAUUGCAUGAGGUUUUGAUACUUGCAGUAAUAAAGUCAU